GUGCACUAAACUAGAUACCUGUUGUAUUGACCAAUCAGGAUUAAGCAAUUAAACGGCCCCAGCCAAUCAGAUCCUGGAUCGGUGCAUGUCAGAGCGCCCUGCCCGUCUUCCAUUGUUCUCCAGUGCACCAAAAGGUAUAAAAGGCGGGCAAAAUCGCCAUUCACUAUCAGUCUUUACUGAUUCUGCCACCGAGUGAGCAAAUCCUCGUUGAGCAAGUUUGAACUUUAUACAAACGAUUAUAUUAUUUACGUAUACCUAUCGACGAAUUUACGAUGACGAGCCAAGAAAACACCACGGGAACGCCUAGCUACCAAUAUGGCGACUCCAUCUCCAAGACGGUGUUGGCCAAUAAGGCGCCCACCCGGGUCCUGGUGAAGCUCGUGUUUACUUUGGUUGGAGUGGUCGAAGGGAUUGUGGAGGUAUUCGGGAGCUGGAACGGAUGGAGCGAAGGAAAGAAAUUGGAGGAGAGGGACGGCAAGCUGACCGUGGCCAUUGAUGUCCGCCCGGGGCGGUACGAGUUUAAGUACCGUAAAGCAGACGGAGAGUGGUUUCACGAUAAUGACCAGGACACGAUCCCAAAUGCCUUUGGGACCUACAACAACGUUGUGGAGGUGACUUGCGAGCACAGCAUCCCUCAGGAGAAGGAGGCUGAAGACACCCCCGGCUGUCACGAUACUGAUGCCGGGCCUGAGGACGCUGCUGCCCCGGAAGUGCCUGAGGACAGCACUGCCCCGGCAGUACCUGUGGCGGACUCUGUUGCCGAAGUGCCCGAGGACAACGCUGUCCCGGCCGUGCCCGCAUCUGUUGCCGAAGUGCCUCAGGACAACGCUGCCCCGGCCGUGCCCGCAUCUGCUGCCGAAGUGCCCGAGGACAACGCUGCCCCGGCCGUGCCCGCAUCUGCUGCCGAAGUGCCCGAGGACAACGCUGCCCCGGCCGUACCCGCAUCUGCUGCCGAAGUGCCCGAGGACAACGCUGCUCCGGCCGUGCCCGCAUCUGCUGCCAAAGUGCCCGAGGACAACGCUGCCCCGGCCGUGCCCGCAUCUGCUGCCGAAGUGCCCGAGGACAACGCUGCCCCGGCCGUGCCCGCAUCUGCUGCCGAAGUGCCCGAGGACAACGCUGCCCCGGCCGUGCCCGCAUCUGCUGCCGAAGUGCCCGAGGACAACGCUGCCCCGGCCGUGCCCGCAUCUGCUGCCGAAGUGCCCGAGGACAACGCUGCCCCGGCCGUGCCCGCAUCUGCUGCCGAAGUGCCCGAGGACAACGCUGCCCCGGCCGUGCCCGCAUCUGCUGCCGAAGUGCCCGAGGACAACGCUGCCCCGGCCGUGCCCGCAUCUGCUGCCGAAGUGCCCGAGGACAACGCUGUCCCGGCCGUGCCCGCAUCUGCUGCCGAAGUGCCCGAGGACAACGCUGCCCCGGCCGUGCCCGCAUCUGCUGCCGAAGUGCCCGAGGACAACGCUGCCCCGGCCGUGCCCGCAUCUGCUGCCGAAGUGCCCGAGGACAACGCUGCCCCGGCCGUGCCCGCAUCUGCUGCCGAAGUGCCCGAGGACAACGCUGCCCCGGCCGUGCCCGCAUCUGCUGCCGAAGUGCCCGAGGACAACGCUGUCCCGGCCGUGCCCGCAUCUGCUGCCGAAGUGCCCGAGGACAACGCUGCCCCGGCCGUGCCCGCAUCUGCUGCCGAAGUGCCCGAGGACAACGCUGCCCCGGCCGUAGCUGCAUCUGCUGCCGAAGUGCCUAAAGACAACGCUGCCCCAGCCAUACCCGCAUCUGGCGCCGAAGUGCCUGAGGACAACGCUGCCCCGGCCGUAGCUGCAUCUGCUGCCGAAGUGCCUAAAGACAACGCUGCCCCAGCCAUACCCGCAUCUGGCGCCGAAGUGUCUGAGGACGACGCUGCCCCGGCCGUGCCCGCAUCUGCUGCCGAAGUGCCUGAGGACAACGCUGCUAGUGAGCCAAAGAGCCAGGACAGAGAGGUCACCCACAAAGCUUCCCGCUUCCAAGCACUUAAGUUUUGGAAGAGGAAGUCCUCCACGGCUCAGCAAAAGGCGAAAAAGUCAGGCUGCAGCAGCAGGAAGUGGAGCAUCGUCCGUGGACUCCGCAAGAUCCUGCGUUGGAGGCACUGAGACGUUAGAUAUCAGCCUGGGCUGUACAGAUUGUGCGUCAUUAGUGAGACAAAUCGUCAGUACAGACUAGUAAUCAAGUGAUCCUGCGCUAGAGGCGCAGAGUCUAUGAGACUGUUUUAAGUCUUAGUUUACUGUAUUCUAAAGAUUUCCCAUUGAUAUAAAGACAAAUAACAGAAGUAUGGAAGACCUUGUACCCUUUUCUCAUCAAUUAUGCAGAUGAGGUAAUGGUUUCCUUGAUUUAUGUCUUAUGUCUAUUUCUGUCAAACUUGUAUUUUAGUAGUUUUACAGUAAUUGUGUGAAUUCUAUUUUUCACAUGCAUAUGGGCUGUAUGGAUGCAUCGUUAGCGCGAAAUAGUGUCAUGUAGUUCAUGUAUCAUUACAUUAUGUAUAAUUUGUACCGUCAAGUCUCUUUUCAGAAGUAAUUCUGACAAUUAUGAUUUGUUCUGAUGUCUUGGUUGAUUUAACCUUACCUAAGCUAAUCAAUUAAGUAAUUGAUAAAGUCAAUAUUGCGAAUAUUGUCCAUUAACCCAUGUGAAACUGAUGACAAUAAAAUGUGACUGGGAAUAUU